GGGGCAUAUACUUUGGUGACAGUGAUGAUGGAUUUGCUGUGUAUGUGAUAGACUUGCCAUGGAAGGUAGGGAAGGAUGGUUGGUAUUGGGCAGUUUAUUUGGUCACUAAGGCAGUGUCAAAGACUUAA